CUUCCCUCUUUCUUUCUGUGCCGAUAUCGCUCCUGCCAACAUGGUGAAUGUUCCUAAGACCCGCCGGACGUUCUGCAAGAAAUGUGGCCAGCACCAGCCCCAUAAAGUGACGCAGUACAAGAAGGGCAAGGACUCUUUGUAUGCCCAGGGAAAGCGGCGGUAUGACAGGAAACAGAGUGGAUAUGGUGGGCAGACUAAGCUCAAUUUCCGACAAAAGGCUAAAACUACAAAAAAGAUUGUGCUGAGGCUUGAGUGUGUUGAGCCUAACUGCAUAUCUAAGCGGAUGCUGGCUAUUAAGAGAUGCAAGCAUUUUGAACUGGGAGGAGAUAAGAAGAGAAAGGGCCAAGUGAUCCAGUUCUAAGCUGAUCUUGUUAUGAAGACAAUAAAAGAAACUCACCUCCUUUGAUUGUGGUUGGUCU